AUGAACACCAACGAACUGGAGGCUAUGUCGAAAGCUCACAGCGAGCUGUCCCCCGCGAGCCAGUCCCUCGACUACGAAGCUGUCAUCUUCAAGCUUCCCGACGAACUCCUCUUAGAGGUCUUCUUGCUACUACGCGACGCGAUGUAUCCCUCGCUUCAUCCAUAUCCAGCUCUGCAUCAGCUUCCUUCGUGGGUCGCGGUCUCUUGCGUUUGUGCCCGUUUCCGGCGGGUCGCUCUUGGAUCGCCCGGAUUGCACACGUGUAUACCCAUGCGCGCGCUUCCUCGGAAGCUGACCAAGCAGGAGUUGACGCUCUCUCGCCCCCUUGAUCUGGAUAUCGAGACACUCGCCGCAUCCGCACUCUACGGCUUCAAGAAGUGA